CCUAGCGAAAGCCUGGUUAUUGUUUGUUAUGUCACAGAAGUUUUAUGCUUGGACUCGAAAUAGUUUGGUGUUGACAGACCAAAGUUUGAAGUGAGGUAUUUCCAGUUUACGCGUCACGCCAACUGAAGCGUUACGCAUAAAUUAUAUACAGUACAUCAAACAACAAUGAUAUUCAAAGGUUAUUUGAUGUUAAAUUUUAUUCCUUGAUGUUUAAAAAAGCAGCAAAAAUGUAUUUGAGGUUCACAAUGAGGACUUUGAGCCAUUAAAAGAUCCCGGAGGAAUAUGAUUUGACCGAUUAGACGGAUUAUCUGGAUCAAUGUCAAAGGACAUAAUGUAAACAGUAUCGAUUUUUUUAAAAASUUCCAGUUGAAACUAAACCAAAUCAAAAUUGUAGUACUUUGACCCGAACUUUUGAGUAUUAUUGAAAACUAAUUAUAUAAUACAAUAUUAUUGAGGAGUGAUUGUUAGAGAAAACUUGUUCAAUAGCGGGUUUUUCCAGUUAAUUGGAUUCCAGCUUGURCAAUGUUUGUACUUACGCAAGCGCGCUUUCAUUAUAACGAAGUCGUCUCCGCGAUACGUGCGUAUUUGUAAGAUGGCAUCGUGUGGUUACUCUUUACUCUUGGAAAAUCCUGGUUCUUGUGGGGUAAGUCCAGAUUAUCCAAGCCAGGCUGUCUACGUCACAUUGAAAGAAUGCGAAAAAGAUGUUUUAGACCACCUGAAAUUCUUCAAGAUCAGUGGAGACGGGGCCAUCGACAAUGAAAUGAAGCUGAUUCUCGCACGCGCAGGUAUAUUUGAAAUAGAGAAAAAACAUGAAUCGAUAACUAUAUGUCCACGGCAUAGAGCCGACUACGGCAUCCGCUGGCGUUCUUCUAAAGUCACAUGUGCGGUACCUAAAGACUUUGCAGCACACAAGUCAGCCACUGCAAAAGGCAGUAAACCUAUUAGCAGUAAAGAUGCCCAUUGUAUUCUGAUAAACACUGGAAAAUGCGUCGAAGUUGGAUUGC